GGGAGGGGGGAAGUGGCGGGUCAGAGUUCCGAGACAGGCGGACACCGAGUCGCCGGGCUCGCGCGCGGUUUCCUCUUCCGGGGUCUCCAUUUUGGCGCCUAGCAACGGGAAGUCAAGCGUCAGAACGGUGAAUCGGUUCUGGAAGCCCCGCGGCCUCAGGCUCCGCUUAGUUCCCACUUGUCAGCCGGGGCCCCCUGAGGCGAAUGUUUCCUAGGCCUCUGGCCUAGAAAUGUGGGGCGGACGUCGAGAGGCUUCUUGGCCUUCGCUCCUGACAGUGGGGAAGCUGAAGAACUUUUCUCCAAGUGUGUGAGAAGGAGAAGAAGAAGAGGAGGACGAGGAGAACCAACAGCAGUAACAGUAGGACUCGCAACUCACUUUCCCGUGUAUAUUCACUGAAAUGUUCGUGGAAGGGAAUUGAGCACACAUAUCUCUGGCCAAACUUGCUGUUGUGCGCGCACACACCUGUAGUCUUCGGGCAAAAAAAAAUCUUAUUAAAACAAGUUGGGAACCAGAAAACGGUGCAUGUAGAUGCUGAUGAUGCACUAGUCACCUUCCCUUAGACAGCAUGUCGAAGAAAUCGGAGGCUCCACUGUCCUUAUCUGACUGUCGCUGUAAUAUCUGCAUGGAGAUUUUACUGGAACCAGUCACGCUGCCAUGCAACCACACUCUCUGCAAUUCCUGUUUUCAGCUUACAGUGGAAAAGAGCAGCCUGUACUGCCCUUUCUGUCGUCGGCGAGUCUCUUCUUGGGCACGAUAUAAUGCCCGCAAUAACACUCUUAUUAAUUUGGAAUUAUGGGAAAAGAUUCAAAAACAUUUUCCAGAAGAAUGCCAACGCAGAAUUAGUGGACAGGAUGUAGAAGAAGAUAUGUGCCUACAUCAGCCAGUGCGCUGUUUAAGUAAACCUGGAGAAUUAAGACAGGAGUAUGAAGAAGAGAUAAGCAAGGCAGAAGCAGAACGACUGGCUCAUGAAGAAGAAGCAAGCAAUGCAAGCAAAGAGUAUAUUCAAAGGCUAUUGGCAGAAGAGGAAGAAGAACAGAGGCUAGCAGAAGAAAGGAAAAAACAGAUGGAAGAACAAUUACUACUAGAUGAAAUAUUGGCACGGAAACUAAGUUGUGAUCUGAACAGCUCUGCUGAGGAGCAAAUGAACAGCAGCCUGUCACAUGGACCCUCCCCCUCUGAUUCUGGCAAAACAUCAAAAAGCAAAAGCUGCAGUUCUGUGGACAUUAAAAAGUAUUUGUCUCCAAAGCCCUUUAAUUCCUUGCCUCCAAAGAGGUGCUUUAAAAAUUGGCAAGAAGAACAUUCUGGCUCCUUUUCUGAGGAGAGCAGCAACACUAAAAACAUCUGUACAUCAAGAGAAAAGGGAAGAGAAAAUGAAAUGCCCACACUAUCUCCACAGGCAAUCAGGGAGGCAAAGAAAGGUGCGGAUGGUUAUGACUAUAAAAAUGAGAGUUUUACAAUAGACAUGCAGUUGAGAACAUCUCAAGAAUCCUUCCCUGAAGCAGCAGUUGAUUCAUACUUAAAUGAUAAAAGGAAAAGAACUUUCUCACAAACUGAUGAUGAAGAAGAGAUGGAUGAUAUAGAAAGGCAGAUAAGUUUGGAGCAGCAGUUUUAUGAAAGGCAAAAGCAAGAAGAAGAGGAUAGACGUCUGGCUCUGAAGCUUCAGAGGGAAAUGGACAAAGAACAGAACAUGCUAAAUCGCAAAAAAGGGUCUCCAGAUGAAUACCAUUUGCGUCCUACAACAUCUCAGUCAGUAAAAGAAUCUCCAGUUGCAAGGAAACGGAGCAGGCUUUCAAAGAACUCAAAGUCUUCAAACAGCCCACUUGAAACAGAGAAGCGAAAACUACACAGAAGCUCCCACAAUGAGAACUGGAAACCCUCUAACCAGCUCCAGGCCAAGUCACCUUCUGUAAAAGGAGGAAAUGUUUUGAAUUGUGUCAACAGCUCUAACUCAAAAGAUGCAGAAGUGCUUUCAGGCAAGCAAAAAACAAUUCUUCAGAUGUUUAAGAGGCCUGCAACAAACUAGAUGAACAGUAAUACUUUCAUGACAUUGAUUGGAGUUAAUGAAGGGGCACUGUUGAAAAGCUGACCUAGUCAAACAAUUAUUUCUUCAGGGAUCAAGUGCUCUCAGAAUUAAUGUGAAACUUGAUUGGGAAUCAGUUGUGCCUGCUGUAUGCCCACUUGCUUUUACUUGUUGCAAUUCACUUCUUUAACGCAUGCAUGGUAACAGGUUGCUCUGAAUGUCAAGAGAGAUGUUUGUUUAAAACCAUCAUGCACUACAGCUCAUGUAGUGUUCGCUGUGUAAUCAAACCAGUUUCCUAUUACCCCCUCCCAGUUCCCUACCACAACAAUAGUAAGAAAAUUUGAAAAGAUAUGUAAACUUGGCUUGAACUGAGACAUCACUCUGUUUGAUGGGUCAGUAUAACCUUGACACUGUUGAUGAUGUUGAUUCAGACUUACAUUUUUGUUGCUGGAACACAUAGUAAAUGACCCAAAUGUCAUCCUUCACAUUUCCCCUAUAUAUAUAUCUGCCCUGAACUUAAGAAUUCCUAUUUUUUUCCCCUAGUGUCCCCCCCCCUCUAUUUCUUGGAAUUAUUUGAUUAGAACAUAAUCCAUUAAAAUGGCUUUCAAGCUUCAUGAGAAAACUAUCCUACCAUGAAUGAAUUUCCACAGUUCAGUAGGGGAUCUUAACAUAUAUUCAAGUAAUGUCUGAAGAUGGAGCCUGUGCAUAUUUCCCCCCCAUUAAUAAUUAAUUCAUAUUUUUUACAGUAAUAAGUACAUUUCCCAUAAAAAACGGUGACAUUAAAUAAUUUCCACAAUAUAUAAAAAUGAAUAUUUCAUAGUCUAAAUUUCAUAAUAACCAUCUCCUGAGCAAUAUUUUUAUAAUGUCCUACAAUCUCUAAACUAGUUACAGCUCUGAUAAAAAUGAAACUUAAAGACCCCUUCCUGAACCUCAGAGUUAGUUUGACGAAAUGAAGAUUACUUCAAAAAUUUCCUGGCCAGUGUUAUGUAGAAGACUUCUCAGUUAUUUUCUCCUUUUUUGGAAUAUUUGCUGCAGAUAGUAUAUUAAUCAGAAGUUAAGAUCAUCUAGAAAGUAAAUCUUCAGAUACAAUUAGAGUAAGUAAUCUCCUUCCUUCCACAAACACAUUAUUUCAGACUGUUUGAAUAGUACAGCAGCUCCAUCACAUUUACAGGCAACUCCCCAAUUGCACACAAUCAGCACACAUCCUCUCACUGACUUGCACACCAAAAAUGGUACCAAAAGGGGGUGAAAUGGGGGCUGAACAGGGGAAUCCCUGUUUGCAGGCAUCCCGGAAUGGAACUGCUGCAUAAGUGGGGGUUCCCCUGUAGUUUGCUCUUAAUUUGAAGCACUGCCAAGUUGCAUCCAAUAUUGUAUAUAUUCAACUGCAUUAAGGUACACUUUAUAGAAAACUGUAAAAAUAACUUUGUAGUUCCAAUUGAUUAAAUUCACUUUAAAAACAAA